CCCGCGACUGAAACAAGUCGCUACCAGGCUUCAUAUCUCUGACGGCCGGUAAUUAGACUUUCCUUCCUGAAUGAAGUGGAUUGCAGGUUCAGCUGGACGAGGAUCAUGACGUACCAGGAUCUGAUGACGUCACCUGACCAUGUGACCUGUCUGUCCACUGCUCUAUACCAGCUCCAGCAGCAGGGCUUCCUUUGUGACUGUACCAUCGAGACGUGCCAGGCUAACCUUAACGUCCACCAGGUGGUGUUGAUGGCCAGCGGAAGCCCCUACUUCAGGAAACAGCUGUCUGGAUCGACACGUCCACCAGGUCUUGUGAAGACUGUCCUUCUCAGAGACCAGGAUUUGUUUGUUGUGCAGGCUGUUGUCCAGUUUGUGUAUACUGGUGAGAUGUAUCUGUCACCUGAUAACGUGGAUAAAGUACGAUAUGUGUGUAGUCUACUGGGGCUGGAAGAGGCAGUCAGACUCUGUCAUGUGUUCAAACAAAAAUAUAGUACUAACACAGAGGUGAGAAACGAAACAGCCAAUUCUAGAUGUGGACAUCAGGAAAAUUGUAUAGAUGAUGGAAAUAAAUUGUCCGACGAUUACAAAAAAGUUCAGCUUAAAAACGUCCAGAGAGAUAUCCUAUCCGGUGUUGGACAGGAUAGCACGGCACAUGUAGAAAAUAUCCCGCCACCAGGGGACAGCGAAGAAGAUGACAUGGAAGAACAGACAGAUCAGAGUGUUAAUGGUAGCUUCGAGGAGGUUAAGACCGACACUGUUGAUGAUUCAAAAUAUCCAGUUCCUCUUCUUGGUCUAACUUCAGACGCAGCUCUGGAACAAAAGUUUAAAUAUCAACAAAAAUAUUCUCUUAAGUCUCGGAGAACAAAGUAUGGUAAUUUAAAGACUAAACUAGUAGGGGAUCCUGAGGACAAGAAUAUCAAGGAAAAAGUGAUAAAUAAAAGACGAAAAACCGCAGGAGGAAGAACUAAUGGUUAUGGCGAUGAGACAAAAACAACAAGACUGAUGUCAAAGACUUUUAUUCGUGAAAAUUUAGAUAAUAUGUGUCGGAGUUCAACAGUAACGGACGAUCUGACAGAAGCGGGUCCUCGACCAGUAACGGACGAUCUGACAGAAGCGGGUCCUCGACCUGUAACGGACGAUCUGACAGAAGUGGGUCCUCGACCAGUAACGGACGAUCUGACAGAAGAGGUUCCUCGACCAGUAACGGAUGAUCUGACAGAAGCGGGUCCUCGCCCAGCUUGUGAUGAAACUAUUAACCCAACGUUGUCAGACUCUGAUUUAAAGUGUCGGUCUGAUGACAAGAAACAUAAAGAGUCAUUUGUUUUGAACUUCUGCCGGUUCUGUAAGAUCAGAUUCAAAGACAAGGAGAAGUUUCAGGAGCACAGAAAACAGUUUCACUUAUUUACUUGUGAUGUGUGUGGAUGGAGUGGUGACCGCGGCCUUAAUUUGGCAUCUCACAAGUAUAACCAGCACGGCAUUCACCACAGACCAAACAAAUAUCCCCUACAUCGCUGUGGCCAAGCAAGUUGUGAUUUUAAAUCUAUAUUGAAGCACAAUAUUACCGUCCACGAAAAAAUACACUCGAAGGAACGUCAGUUUAGAUGUGACCUCUGUAACUCCAGCUUCAAGUACAAGUCGCAGUUUAACUGUCACAGAAAAACACAUGAUCCAGCAAACCUACCCUUCCCGUGCGAUGUCUGCGGAAAAGCAUUUCCCCGCAACUCUCUACUUAAAGCGCAUACUAAAAACGUCCAUCACCGGGAUGAACUUUGCCACCUCUGUCCAUGGAAGAGUUUCUCCCGUCGGGAACUUCACAUUCACCUCCUCCGUGUCCAUGACAUCCCGCUGCCCAAUACCUUUAAAAUCUUUCAGUGUGAUAUCUGUGAUUACUACACCUUCACCAGAAUCAGCUACAGAAGUCACAUGGACCUACACACUGGGAAGAAUUACCAGUGUAAGGAGUGUGGGAAGUUCCUGGAAACAGAAAUGAGGCUGUACGUUCAUGAACGCAAGCACAAAUCUGAAGUAAAAACGACCAAUUGCUCCCAUCCUGGUUGUGACUAUAAAACUAUGUCUAAAGCAACACUGAAGAUUCACCAGGACGCAAAGCAUUCGAACUAUAAGCCUUUCCAGUGUCACUUAUGUGACUUUCGGUGUAAAGUGAAGGGUAACCUUGAUAAACAUCUGCGUGGUCGUCACAAAAUUGAGGUGAUGACCCUCACGAAACUUUGGGACAAAGUCAUGGCAACUGGUCAAGGCUACAGUACCAUUGUCCAUCGUUUAACGUCUUUCAAACGCAAAGGUGCUAUUGGCAUGGCAAAUGACGGUGAUAUUGAGAAAGAAAUGGAUCAAAACCUCAACGAAGAGACUGAAGUUCUGAAGGACAUUGUUCAAGCUGGGCCAAAUAGAUUCGCUAUGUUAGAUACUGUCGAGGGUGGUAACCACGUGACAACUGUAGACUGUGGUAACCACGUGACAACUGUAAGAGAACGUGGAAACCAAAUGAAACCUGGAGGAGAAUGCGGUAACUACGUGACAAAUAUAGGAGAAGGCAGUAACCACGUGACAAAUAUAGAAGGCAGUAACCACGUGACAAAUAUAGAAGGCAGUAACCACGUGACAAAUAUAGAAGGUAGUAACAACGUUACCGUGACAGCUGUAGAUUUGGUAGCCACAUGACAAUUUUAGGCUCAUUCCAUAAAUACUUAACAAUUAUACCUUAUAGUAACUAAACUACGAUUUAUGAUUGAAUUCAGUUAAAACAUGUUGAUCAACAUUUUAUCAGAUACAUUUGUGUAUUGCAAGACAACAAUGAUUAUAUAUCAUAUAUAUAAAGGCGAGGAGCGUGACUCAACUCUUACAUAAAGACAUUACACAGACCUUUUCCUGAGUGCGAAAAAGAACAAAAAACAAACAAACAAACAAAAAAUAAGACAUUAAACAAACAUUCGACAUCUUAGUAAGUGGAUUAUUAAUGGAAGCAAAUUAUCCUCCAAAACGUUUACAGGAGAUAUACAAAUACAUGUAAAUGUCGUUUGACAUUUCCGAUUUCGUUGUUACCGUUUCCGAGGUAUAUCUCCAGUUACAAAUAACUUCAUGAAACUUAAGAGCACCCUAAAUGCCUAAUAGUUGUGUAAUGUGCUUAAACAAGUUUCCCAUUUCUAUACCACAUUUCAAAAACCGCUUACCACAAACUUGAUGAUAAUUACAUUAACUAUAUAAUGCCACGCAUAAGUCCCAAUACGCUCUAUAAAAACUGUUUUACAAUUCAGUUAAUAUCAUUGAAAUAUUUUCUACUGCAUGUUUUGUUUAAUGAAUUUUGGAAAGUCGAUCCCUCCCUUGACCCCCCUCCCCAACCCCGAACCUUUUUAGGGAAGGGGGCUUCUCAUUAGAAUACACUUCAAGGAAUUGCAAAUUUCAAGUUUCAGAUUUACGUGUGAUAUUCCAACAAUAUCCAUAAAAUGUGUGUAUAGUUUGUAUUGUAUCAAUUUGGUUACUUUGUAGUGGAGUAUGUCCUACUUGUAUAACAAAAGACCAAGAUGAAAAGUCAUUGACUCUAACGUCUAGUACUGCACUACAUGAAAUGGAAUUGGAGUAGUAUAUCCCACGUUGAAGGUUGUUGGGAGAAUGCUCAAACCUAUCUGGCUGUCAAGACAAUGUCCCUCGUAGCUGAUGUACUGUAUACGUACGUAAUUACACAAAGACUUUACACAUCUGGAUGUUCUGUUUCUCACAUCACUUUUAUAUAUUUAUGUUUCUAGAACAAUCCUUCCACAACAGUUUGUAUGUAUCUAUGUUUGCUACCAAACCACUUUAGAGUUUUGACUGGCAAAACGCAUGAUAUUUUGAGCUCGUUGAUAAUAAACAGCUUUCCUCCAUAUUUCUUGAUUAUAUAAGAGAUGGUGUUUCAUAUUGCAUUGGGUAACAAAGAUUUUCAUUGCUCUGAUUACUAGACCGAAGAUCUAUGCUGUCGAAGCCAUCAACAUCUUUUGCGGACUAUUCCUCAUAAAACUGACGGUUCGAUUUCAACAAAAAUGAGCUUCCAUUUUUUUUUGUCUAUAUUUCCUCCAUUGUUUUGUUGCUACAUAUAGAAUUAAAAGUCACAGAUUACCCAAACAAUGUAAAGCAAUACAGUAUAUAUCAUUC